AUGUGCCUUUUCAGACAUAGAAGAAGUAAGAUCGCUCCAUCCAGACCUCAACAAAAGGUGUAUGGCCCCCCCCCACCAACACGUGAGGAGGAGUGUGCCAAAGCAAAUGACUUGAUCGAGAUUCUCAAGUCCUUUGGAUGCUUUGAGAGCAACGUGGAGCUGAGACACAGAGAGCAUGUGGUCCAGAGACUGCAGUCACUGUUCAGAGAGUGGCUCGUAGAGAUGUGUCGGGAAAAGAAUUUUCCAGACAUCAUCCCAGAGAGGGUUGGAGGGAAGCUCGUCCCUUUCGGCUCCCAUCACCUAGGGGUCGCCUCGAAAGGUGCCGACAUAGACAUCCUCUGUGUGGGACCGGGUUUCCUCCAGAGGAAGGAUUUCUUCUCCUCUUUCGUUGGAAAACUGAAGAGGCAGAGAGAGGUCAAAGACACAAGAGCCAUUGAAGAGGCGUUCGUCCCUGUGGUCAAACUGAGCUUUGAAGGAAUUGAGGUAAUUUAACUUAAGAAGAAUUGUUGUCUCUGCAGUGUGCUGUAUUCUUCAAUCAAGGGUUUGUCAGCAUGUGUAUUAAUCAUGGUUUUUGUGCUCCUGAUACAUCUUAGAUAGACUUAGUGUUUGCCAGGGUGGCCAGGAAUAGAGUCCCAGAGGGAAUGGACCUGCUCCGAGAGGAUUGGUUGCACAAUAAAACAGAAGAACAAAAGUCCACUAAACCAUAUUUUGUGAAAAUAUUAUUUUGUUGUCACAAUAUUAAUGUAUUAAAAACUUUUAGUUACUUUGCAGAUUUGGAUUAAUAAUGUGAAAUAUAAUCAACCCUUAAAUCUUUAGUUACCCCUGGAAUAAAUUCACAAGCUACCCUGCAGAAUAUAAAGUCGAUAAAACUAGCUGCACCUUCUGAAAUGGACCAAUCUGCACAAUGACUACUUUAACUUUCGGUACUUUUAAGUAUUAUUUUGAUGCCAAUCCUUUUGUACUUUUACUUGAAUGACAUUUUGAAUGCAGGGCUUUUACUUGUAACUGAGUAUUCCUACACUCUGGUACUUCUAUUUUUACUCAUGUAAACGUCUGAGUACUUCUCCAAUAUCUGUUCAAAGUCGUUCUGUGUUGUAACUUUUAGCCAUACAGGAAAUUACGCAACUAAUGCUUUGUAACUUAGCACACUCAUGCGGCAGGAAUAAUUUAGAAUUUCAUUGGAACUGUGAUUCCAGUAUAUUAAUGUGACAGUGUUGUCUUAUAUAAUAGAGUUUUAUUAUCUGCAUAGUUCUAAGGAAUUCCCAUCAACCUCAGCUGUAUUCUGUGUAAAGUGCUGUUUAACCAAUCGGGAUGUUCUGGCUCUGUCUCAAGCUUCUUGUUUAUUCAAAGGGUUGAAUGCUCAAAGAUCCAAGCUGAGUUUUGAAUACUUUUCAGAUUAUUGAGAUAAUGUCUCUGAGAUUUAUCAGCAAUGUGAUUACUUUGAUUUGUGGUGAUCAGAGACACAUUUUAAUGGAGAAUCAUGGUCCAAUUCUCAGGAGAAUAAUAUGGAUAAUCACCUGACUGUGUACAAUUACAAUACAAAUAUUCCAUGACAUUCUCCUCCAUUUCAGGUGUAUGGAGGCAUACAUUUUAUAGUCAAAGGUGUCAAAACCUAAACAAAGCUGCAGCAUUUUAUACGUUGUUAAUAAUGUCAUUAUUGAUAAUGACAUUGUAAGUCAUUAUCAAUAUUAGUGUCAGCUAAAUGAAUUACACUACACCUAUUAUUGAAAAGACAUCGGCUUACUUCUAUCAAAAUCCAUCAACAGCGAUU